GAACAGUAACGAAUGAACGAAAAUUUACUCAUUAUCAUAAUGGUUUAAUGUACUUCCUGACAACUAGGUACCUAUACCUACAGAUACAUAGGUAUGUAUUGUGCCCAAAUAAGAAAGUUAUGUACCUAGGUUGGUAAACAAAUCGUUGGAUGAUGGGCAAUUAUGGAGUUGUGCCAUAAUAAUAAGAUGAAAGUUUUAUGAGAAGUAUAAUGCGGUUUGGGGAUCGAAGAUGUAAGUUGGUAAAGUUGGAAAAGGAAGAACAUGCGGUGACUAAUGGAAGAAGAAGAAGAAAUUAGAGUUGUAAAUAACGGACGCCAUUAAAAAUCUGAAUUCGUAAUGUAUUUCGAUUGCAUUUGGUAUUAUACAACAGUUCCCCCACGCGGUGCAGGUAUUGUGAAAGUAUGGUCGCGCUCCCCUGUGCGGGCCCCGUUGGUGCUGCGCGAGUCUCCUUGGCGUUGCCGGUGAAAGCAAUAUUGAAACGGUUGGAAUGUUAGCUGCAAUUGACGGGCUCGAAUCUCGAAUAGCAAACACGAAGCGAAACUACUUUACUAUUAUUUCUAACUUUAUACAUACAUACAUAUAAAACUAACUGGCAACUUGUUACUGACCGCACCGAAAUAGAAGUUCUUACUACUUCUUCGAUUCGGUUCGGACUUAAGUCAGUGUUGCGCGCCGUAAUAACCAACUAACAAAUAGUAAGUAAAGUAGGCUCUAGCGUGGUGCGCGCCGCUAGAAAAUAUCACUAUAAGUGGUGCUGCGAAUAAAAUGCGAGAUAGCGACCGUGUACCGUGGCGUCUCCUCCGUCAAAACGACCUUCGGAGUAAAGAAAGAGGAGCCAGCUUCUGGUAGUAGAUCUGCUGGUGGCUGGUGUGUUACUACUGCUAUUACUCUGCUACUGGUGCACCAGUGUGUAUAUUGUGAGUGCGUGUGAAUGAUGUGUACACAUGUAUGAGUGUCUGUUGUUGUGCUAGUAGCCAAGAAACAAGAGAAAAAAAAAACGGCCAGCAAGCGGAGGGGACCAAAGAAAAGAGGGGAAAGUAAAGGGAGAAAUUUAGAGCUAGUGGUAGUUGUGUGAAUUCGAGCGAAGCAGCGUUGGUCGGGAAUGGCGCCGGGGCCCUCAGCAGCAGCAGCAGCUAGCAGUACCAACAGCAGCAGCAGCAGCUACAACAACAACAGCAGCAGCUACAUAGCUUCAGCCCUGUGUCCGCACCUGGACUGAGUUCGAGUUCGCGCAACCGUCAAGCAUUCGUUCGGUCGGGCAGCUUUUGUUCACUUUUACUUUCAUUUGUGGCGCAACACAGUGCUGAGUGUCGUGGCCCAAAAAUAAAUUCACUCGAGGCGGAAUCCGGCCGAUGAACGAACGAACAAAGCUGCUGUUGUUAUAAUACUACUCUCGUUGCCUUUGUACUGCUCCUGCCUAUUACUACUAUUACUGCAACUGUUACUUCUUCUUCUUCUUCAUCGUCACCCGCAUACUAAAACGCACGCGGCCGCAUUCGCAAAGUGGAUUUAAAAGUGUAUUUUUCGCGGUGUUUUACCUGCCGUCCGUAGUGAUACCUAUGCAGUGGCGACUAUGUGUCUCCAAGAGUGCUGUGUCAACUGCUGUAGUUGUGUUAGUGGUGCUCCAGGUCGUGGCGGUUAUCGUCAUCUCGUGGGCCCGGCCUCGACCCCCGCGGAUGCCCAAUAGGAUUACUAUCUUUUCCGGAUGCUCAUCUUAGAUUUUCGUGGUUACUUACCAAAUCAUCUAUUUCGCCAUGUACUCAGAAGAGCAAGAUUCCCACGGUCUAUUAACUCUGCAUUAUGGCAAGCAUCACGCGACUAUAGUAGAAGAAAUUAAAACUUGUUUUGCGUCGGAAAACUUUGCUGAUAUGACUUUCAUUUGCGAUGAUAAGACUGCAAUAAAUGCACACAAAUUGAUAAUGGCUUCGGCAAGUCCGUUGGUGCGCCGUAUUCUUGGCGAAAGUGUGCACGCUCAUGGGCCCAGUGUCGUUCUCAUUCCAGGUAUCAAAAGUUGCCACUUACGACACCUGCUAGACUUCCUAUACAAUGGACAAGCUUGCAUCAAGUCUAGCGAAUUGAAUAGCAUUCAAGAACUUUUCGACUUGUUGCAAAUUAAAUCGGACGUGUGGCAGUCGGCCGAAACCAAAUCUCAAACGUGCGACAACUGGGUUGGUUCGGAUAACGAAGAGACCGUUUCGGCGACAGCUACGACCACAAUUACCGUCAAAAAAGAAACGGAAACAAACGAUGACGAUGAAAAAGAAGAGGGUGAAAUCAAAGACGACGAAGAAACGGAAGAAGAAGGUAGCGGCGAACAGACAGAAUUAGAAAGGAACAGUACAUCGCCAAACCCCGUUAAUCUAUCGCUAAACACAAAAGAUACUGACGAAAGUAAUCAAAAAAGUGAAAAAAAUGACAACUUCGAGAAUCAAGAAAAAAAGGGUCCAGAGUUCAUGAAAAUCGGCCAGUCGACUGUAAAAAUAACUCCCAAGGUUCACGAAAUUUCACAAUAUCAUCAUCACCGGAUAAAACGGAAAUCGGUUCACAUCGAACCCAUCGAUUUGAAACAGCAAGAAGAAUUCGUACAGUUGAAGCCUCCCGCCGGGGAACCGGAAUUACUAAGUUUGGUCCAAAGUCCCGACAACUACGUCGUUACCCCGCAUCGAAAACGGAGACCGGGAUUCCAUAAUUCACCCGCCCAAAAUCCGCCAUUCGUUCCUUUCUCCCCAUCUUACAUCGACGAUGGAGUUCAUCAUCGUCUGAAAACAAUCCGUCACCCUAUACUUGCUGCACAUCAUCCCCUUUCUCUUUCGGCGCCUCCUUUCGUGGUUGAACGGACCCAUACACCAACUUCGACGCAACCACCGGAUAAAUCGGUCUCUUCCGACGUUUUGGUGAAAUAUCGGCCUCCUAGUGCAGAUCUAAAUAUGCCCUCCGAUUCGUAUCAGUCUUUCGAACAUACUUGGGGCGCUUGGUCUCUCUGCCAAGCGCAAGUGAACCCGUCUCCUAGUGGUGAAGAUUCGUCUCGCGAACCGUCCGCAUCUUUUUCGACAAGUGUCGGUGAGGAUUCUUCGGAAAGUUCUCUUCCGGCCGCUAGUGGUAAACAAAGUGGACAUACAACAGGACAGGUGCGCGAAUAUAGAUGUGAAUAUUGCGGCAAGCAGUUCGGUAUGUCGUGGAAUUUAAAAACUCAUUUGCGAGUGCAUACCGGCGAAAAACCAUUUGCUUGUCGGCUAUGUGUUGCGAUGUUUAAACAGAAAGCGCAUUUAUUAAAACACUUGUGUUCAGUGCAUAGGAACGUUAUUUCGUCAAACGAAGGCAGUGUGGGUCGUUUCAACUGCUGCUUCUGUCCUCUUUCGUUCGAAUCACUUCCAGAGUUAAUACGGCAUCUUUCGGGACCCCACAAUAAUCUUUUACUAAGUAAAAAUAUGCACGAGCUUAAAUAG